AUGCUCAAAACUGUUAUACCAGAUAAUCCUGAGAUUGUUUUUAUGAGUGACAAACACACAAGCAUAGCGAAGGCAAUGCAGGAGGUGUACCCUCAGUCUCAGCAUGGAUUUUGUGUGUGGCACUUGUCUCGUAAUGUGAGGGUUAAAGCAGCCAAUGGUUGGAAGGAUUUGUGUUCUAAAAAAUUCAUUGAGUGCGCUCAUAAGUACACCGAGAGUGAGUUUCUAAUUGCAUACACCGAAUUUGGUAGAAUGUUUCCCAAAGCUGCGGAGUACUUAGAGAAUGGUCUUCCUCUUGAUAAAUGGGCACGGUGGUAUUUUAAAGGAGACAAGUACAACUUGGACACAAGCAAUGCCUGUGAAUCAAUGAACAACAUCUUCAAGAAGGCGAGAAAGUAUGCACUAUUGCCUUUGAUUGAUGCGUAUGUUGAGAAAGUGUCUGAAUGGUUCAACAGGUAUAGGAAUAACAUAGCUGGUGCAUCAUAUUCGAAGAAACUGGUGCCGUAUGUGGAAAACGAGUUGCAUAAACAAUGUGCAAUUGCGACCAAAUUAGAUGUGACUGAGCUAAAUCUACCUGGGCUUGAAUACAGUGUAGUUGGAGUUGAUGGGAAGAGCUAUCUGGUUAAUUUGGAAACAAAAAGCUGUGGGUGUCGCAUGUUUGAUAUUGAUAAGAUUCCAUGUGUUCAUGCAAUAGCCGCAACCAUUGCAAUGAUGCGGACGUCCUCAAGAAGAAGAGACUUACACAUUUUCGAUUUAUGCUCGAGAUACUAUUUGAUUGAUACUUGGGCGAUGGCUUACCACAGAACCAUCUAUAUGGUGCCGCAUCAUUCUACUUGGAUUAUUCCUGAGGAGGUUGCUAAUUUAGUUGUUUACCCACCAGACUAUACCAAAAAAGCAGGAAGAAAGAAGGAGAAGCGGUUUCCUUCCACCGGAGAAGCUCGCAGGAGUCAGAAGGCCAACCCAAACAUAAACAUUGGCUGUUGGUUUCAACCACUAAACCCAAGGGAAAGCGAGGGUGAAGAGGGUCAGAGCGGUCAGGGCGGUGAGAGCUAG